GCUGCUGCGCGUGUUUUUGUUUUUUUUCUCCUCUUUCUGUCCAGGAAGUCUGGAAGUUGAGCAGAAGGCCAGAGAGGACAGCGCGGAGACGGAGGGCCAGAAAAGCGCCAGGAAUGGCUCGCUUCGGGAACGCGCUGAGCGGCUUCUCCAUCGCUCAGCUGUCGGAGCUGCUCGAAGACGACGAGAAGCUCAACAAGAUCGUGGAGGACGUUGAAGAGGUGAAGGAGGUGCAGCAGAGCAAGGACAUGAUCCUGGCCAGUAACCGGAGCCUGGCCGAGCAGAACCUCAGCCUACAGCCGAGGCUUGACCAUCAGAAGAACGAGCUCACCAAGCGCUACUGCCGUCUACAGGAGCAGUUUGAGGCCUACCAACUACGGAAGUCCACACUAGACCACAAGUCUGGCAGCAGUUCCUUGGACACUCUUCUCGCUCUGCUGCAAGCAGAAGGGGCCAAAAUCGAGGAGGAAACUGAGAACAUGGCUGAAUCUUUCCUGGAUGGCGACGUGAGUCUCGACACCUUCAUCGAUGAGUACCAGAGCAAGCGGAAGCUGGCCCACUUGCGCCGAGUGAAGAUCGAGAAGCUUCAGGAGAUUGUGCUGAAGUCCCCUCAGCUUCUCCAAGCUGUAGCCCAGCCAUGCCGUCCUAUGGCAGAACCAACUCCCAAACCCGUCCGUCUCCCAAGAGAGAUCAACGACUCCCCAGCCCCCGUUCCCCAGCCAAGACGGGCCCCUCCGCUGCCACCAAUCAAAAGCCCCCCUGCAGCACCUGCACCCCAGCCUCCUACUGCAUUUUCCUACCCAGCUACCCCAUACCCUCCUAUCCCACCCAGAGUGGGUCAAACCCCACCAAAUAUCAAUAUUGGAUACCCUUCCCUCUACAUGCCCCAGUACACCCCACCAGUCCCUCAGAGACCAGCGCCACGUUUGGCCCCCCAGCCAGGCUUCAUCUUGCAGUGACCUGGAAGGAACAGUAUAAGCACUGGACAAAUACCUGACCCUUCCUGGAUGUUCUAAGCCGACACUUAGAAGAAUCUUGUGCAUUGAAAUGCUGGAAAUUGAAUAAAACCGGGGGUCGUAUGGUCAUUUCUACAGUUAAAAACAGUAGCAUCUGGAGUGGGACCCUUUUUUUUUUGUUUGUUUUCUCUUGCACUUUAGACUUUGUGCUUCUGUCUUUGGAGUUGAAUCUGAGAUGACUGGUUACACUCCAGACGUCUGGUAAUUACAUUAAAUCUGUCCUCUUUUCAGCCAUUUUUUGUGAAUAAUCCCACCUGAAGCCAGACUGUGGGGUCUUUUUUUUUAAACCAGUAAUCCACUCCAAUGCGUUGUUGGUACAACCUGACUUGGUGGGGUUUUCAUUUCUUCCCUGUACACCGUUCGAUCGCGCCAAUCACGAAAAUAUCUUAGUCCACCGUUGUAUCGUCAUACAUUUCAUCUUUGACAAAGCUGCUUUGUCACUAAUGGUGAGGAUGAUAAAGAUGAAGCCUAUGCAAACAACAGAGACCAAACUGUGUCACAAAAAUUAGAUUUUUUUUUUCUCAUCCCAGGCUUAUAUGCACAGCCACACCUGCAGCCAAAGACAUUUUUCCAGUCGACUAGAUUCAGUUCUGUUCAAAGUGCUUGGGUAGAUUAGUUGAAGAUGUGGAAGCAGGACAAAGACUUGUAGCUUGAUUAGGAAAGUGAUUGUCAUUGGGAUACGUCAGUUGUAAUGAGUCUGGCAAGGUGAUGGUGACUUUCAGCUGAAAGCUUUAGUUGAUGUUUAAGCUUAAUCUAGGAAAUCUGGGAAGUCAUUGGCCGAUCUUGACCAGCGGUGUCUUCCUAUUAACAUUUAAGCUGGAAGUAGAAAUUCCACCAAUUAUUCAGUUGUUUUUGCAUCAUUAAGAUGUAAAGAAAGCCAUUCAUAGUGGUUUGAUGUGAAAUGGUUCAUUGUAUAAAUGCCUGACUGUUGAGGGUGUUGAUUUCUUUACAGCGGUGGUGAUGGGAAUGGGAAUGCCAACGUGAAUAGCCGUUUUGUUUACUAUCCAAGAUGACCAGCGAACCUACACGUCAUCCGAGUUGUUGAAGCGACGUUGAAGAUUGUAAAAUGGUGGUAAAUCCAAAAAUGUUUUCUAUGGGGACUGUUUUGCCUUACAAUAUCGUCUUCCAUGAAUGGGUAAGAAAAAUGGCGUUUUAGGAAUAAAUUUCUCUGAAUUAUCCUAAUAUGGUGUCUCAGCUUUAUGUAAUGGUUUUCUGUGUGGGAGCUUUUAGAGAUUCACCACUUUGGACGUCUGGUUCCCAUCACUCAUCGAUCAUUUUGACUUCUCUCGAGUGAUGCAUUUCACAUCAAACCACUUUGAACGAAUGGAAAAACUUUUAAAAACCAUGGAAUUCCCUCUUAAGGGAUGGUUUGGUUGGAAAGAUCUCGCUAAGCCUAACCAGGCUUCCGAUUCAGCCUGCAUUUAAGAAUAAAAGGCUGAGGGAACAUGGACAAAUUAUGUGGAUCGACAGAACGAAUAGGAAAGCAUUCAAAUCGAUCACUCCUUGAUACAUUUUGUGUUUGCUUGCACUUUCUUUUAAUAUUAUAACUAACACUGAAAAGCGAAUGAGAAAGGUAUGUUUGUCAUUUACCGAUUAAAUAUACGCAGAUGCAGGAUGUUGCAUUUGGUACAAAGAGGGUUCCCUAGUCUAAAUAAAAUAUGAUUUAACAUAUAGAAAUAUUAAUAUUGUUCAAUUUAAAGCUUUUUUUCCAGUACAGCCAUAAUAGCAUUGACUUUGUGAAAGGAAUAAUGUCACUGAUUAUAUUUUUGUUCGUUUUUCUUAUAAGGACAUAUUUAAUAGAUUUACUUCUUAUGCCAUGUACCACACACAUCUGAUUCUCCAUGUACCAGUUUACUAACAAGUCACUCGUAAUGAAGGUGCUGUCUCUCCAUGCCUUACUCCGAGUACUGUGCUUCUUAAGCCAUCAUUUCGAACCACUUCUUAACCCUAUUUCGAGUGGAAACCGAGCGAGCGGCUGAAGCUGGAACUGACAUUUCAGGUUUUACGUCGGCGCUGUGAACUGUUAGCCGCCUUGUGCCUGCAGGUAUGAUCGCUAUGCUCACCAUGGCCACUUCACACCUGCUUUUCAUUACCUUUAAAGGAAUAUUCCAGCCUGAGCUCCAUCAGCCUGUUGGUUUCCACGCACACUUGGCUAUGGAGAAGCUGCUUAAUUCCACAUGCAAAACAUGGUUUGUGAAUACCUCAGUCUUAUAUAUAAAGUAGACUGUAAAUCUGUAUAAUUGGUUCUUCCAGACAUGGGAGAGAUCUACAGUAUCCAGCUAAGCGACAUGGCUCAGUUUUCACAGGCUAAGCCUGACCGUCAUGGCCAUCAGAAAGCCCUGUCAAAAGUGAAAGUAACCAGGACUACUUUUUUUUUUUUUUUUUUUUUCCUGUGUUGCAGCAUUAGAAAGUUGGAUUAGGCCUCUUAAGAACAUCUUUGGUAGAACGUUCUCUAUUGUUCUGUGCCCCCGUAAUGCAAGCGUUUAUUCACGGAAUUCAGCAGCUUGUACUGUAACUGAAUUUUGAGGCUGAGAUGGUGAACCAUAAGAUCUGGAAGCAUUAGUUUAAAAAAAGGUGCUGGAAUAUUCCUUCAGCUAUUCAAGAUUCUAUGGCUGUGAGCACUGCUCUUGUCACGAAUGUGAAUAUAAUCUCAAGUGACCUUACGUACCGUACCUUCGGGUCAUUAGAAGAAGAAAAAAGACCUAAACCAUAUAAUCGUGUCUUGUAGUUGUAACCACAUGAACGUUGCUAUGCGGAGUUGCUUUACUGUGAAUAGGAUCAGGUUUCUCCUUCAUGUCCUAAUGUAGGGAGAGUCCUCGACACCCACAUUCAUUUAAAUGCUCCCACUUAUUGCCCCAUAAAUAUAACUGAAGUGCCUCUUGGUGUGAUAGUUUGGCCAAAUAUUUGCACAGUUUUGCCCCUUCCAUCCAAAUGUAGUGGAUCAGCCAAGACACAUUUACAUUUGAGAUCUAAAGUUUGCUUCUUUAGUUUUGUGCUGGUGCUUCAAGACUAAUGUAGCCAACAAGUAAGGGAAGCCUAUGUAUAGCAAUUAGCAUUGUGCAGCCUCAAACUGCGUCCAGUUGGACAGACGUUCUAGGGAUGUACGGUGAUACUGCAUUCAUGGUAGAAAAAGUCUGAAUGGUGUUGACUGGUGUUUCAAUCCAAAAUUUGACGUAUUUACUGUAGUCUGGAAGAGUGAGAUGCUUAGCUGACGUUGGUUUGUUGCUCUAAAGUGUCUAUUUUUACGUUUUUACUAUAAUAAUUUUACAUUUUAUUAUAAAUGUUAGCGUUUCGGCAACCGCUGACAAAUAUGUAUAUCGGCUAUUGGUGUCGGCCCACAGUUGGCAUAUCUGUGCAUCCCUAGAGUGCAUUGCGCAGCUUAGAGACUAGUAGCAUCCAUGGAACCUACAUUUUGUUCACAUAUGUUUGAUUUGAUUGAACGAUUUCUCAUUUGGCUGCUGAAAUCUAGCCAUGUUAGGGUUGCAUGGAUUUAUUGGUAUCAGCAAAACGUGGCCAAUAAAGUGCCAGGGUACUAGCAAGUAAUGGAAGCUUCUACGGCACCAAUAUGCAUCACGAAAACUGUGCGCCUGAAUCCUCACACUUGCCCCAGAAACAACAUUAGUGUGGUCGAGGUCACUGAACCAGUGAAUACAGUUUGAGACGGGUCAUUCUGCCAAGCACAGUAAAGCGUUUGUGCAUGGCUGUAUAUGAUGAUCUGGAGAUAAACUGCUGAAGUGUUAGCCAAGGCGCAGUUUGGACACCAGACUUGUUUGGGCUGAUCAGCUGCGUUCUGAAGGGGAAUAAUGGGUAAAUAUUGGGACAGAUCACCACUUUAAGCUCGUAACUGGCCCCUUCAUGGUUCACUGGUGGGAGAAAGUCGAGUGAAAAGCAUUGGCCUAGUCAUCCGAGCUCCAGGCACUUCUCGGACUGAACGUACAGCCCACGUCUCGUCUUAAUCGCGAUGAAAGCCGUGACCCAACCGAAAGGCCUGCUAGCAUCUCCAGGAGCCAGCGUUUCUUUUGGCCCUCGUGACUGUUUGUUUGUGUACAUGUUUGUCUUUGUUCAUGGUUCAGGACCCUCCCUGACUGUUGGCCGCACUCCUCAUGUACAAUGUGCUUUGUAUCAUUGCAGUUCAUGCCUGUGGAAAGUAGGUGGAGGUGGUGAAAUGGUCUAAUUUUGAGCUUAAUAAAGGAAAUCAAAGGUUU